CUGCUGAGGAGCGGAGCCUCCGAUUGGGGGCCCCUAUCCUUGCCUGUUCCCCCCCCACUGCUCGUCCCCGCCCCAGCUCCCACUGGCUGGGCCAACUGUGGUGUGGCUGUCGCCGUUUGUCGGAGGAGCCUUAAUCGGCCACCUGCCGCGUUCCACUGCCUCUUUACAUCUCGGAUUUCGGGGCGGCUCCCUCCCCCAUCUUUCCCUGCUUCUUUGCACCCCGCUUUUCCUGCGUUUCGCUCGAAUUUUGGAGCCGUCUGGUUUUGCACCCCUUUUUGUUUUGCUUUUAGACGGUGUGUGGGGUGAAGGUGCCUUGGCAUCCCUUCCCCUGGUUAUCUUUCCCUGUUUUGACAGCCCCCCUUUCUAUCGCAGUCGGGGGGCCUAGCCUCGGUGCACCUCCGCCGCACUGCCAGCAGACCACAGCGCGUGGCUGUGCACCCCGGAAUUUGCAACAGCUGCAUAUCUGUGAUCGGAGUCUCCCUCGCCUCGCUCCCGCGCUCAUUCGGUGCGUGGAGGGCUUCAGCGCGCAACGCCCCGGCUUCUCCGCAGCCCCCAGCAGCGCGCCGGGACUCGCCCUGUGCCUCCAAGAUGGUCAUCCAGAAAGAGAAGAAGAGCUGCGGGCAGGUGGUUGAGGAGUGGAAGGAGUUCGUGUGGAAUCCUCGGACGCACCAGUUCAUGGGGCGCACCGGGACCAGCUGGGCCUUCAUCCUCCUCUUCUACCUCGUCUUCUAUGGUUUCCUCACGGCCAUGUUCACCCUCACCAUGUGGGUGAUGCUGCAGACCGUCUCUGACCAUACCCCCAAGUACCAGGAUCGACUGGCCACACCAGGCUUGAUGAUUCGACCCAAGACUGAGAACCUUGAUGUCAUUGUCAACAUUAGCGACACUGAAAGCUGGGAUCAGCAUGUUCAGAAGCUCAACAAGUUCUUGGAGCCUUACAACGACUCCAUCCAAGCUCAAAAGAAUGAUGUCUGCCGUCCUGGGCGAUAUUAUGAGCAACCCGAUAAUGGGGUUCUGAACUAUCCAAAACGUGCCUGCCAGUUCAACCGGACCCAGCUGGGCAAUUGCUCUGGCAUUGGGGACCCUACUCACUAUGGUUACAGCACCGGGCAGCCCUGUGUCUUCAUCAAAAUGAACCGGGUCAUCAACUUCUAUGCAGGGGCAAACCAGAGCAUGAACGUUACCUGUGUUGGGAAGAAAGAUGAAGAUGCUGAGAAUCUUGGACACUUCAUCAUGUUCCCUGCCAACGGCAACAUCGACCUGAUGUAUUUUCCCUACUAUGGCAAAAAGUUCCAUGUAAACUAUACACAGCCCUUGGUGGCUGUGAAGUUCCUGAAUGUGACCCCCAACGUGGAGGUGAAUGUAGAAUGCCGAAUUAACGCUGCCAAUAUUGCCACGGAUGACGAGCGGGACAAGUUUGCUGGCCGCGUGGCCUUCAAGCUUCGAAUCAACAAAGCCUGAGGCUCCCCACCCCCUCUCACCCACACCCUCCUGUGGAUGCUUCUGGAAUGUCCUUGACCCUGCCUGAUCCCUCCCUCACCCUCCCCAAAGGUAUUUUUUAUAACAGAGCUAUGACUUGUCUGAGCCUCACACCCUUGCCUCAACUUCUCUACCUAGCCUGACGUCCACACGAUUUCCAACAUCUUCCAACCGUAGCUUAGCCAGAGACAGAGAGGAGUCAGGAGUUUUCUAGUUCAGGAGCUGGAGUUGUUACCGGGUGACAGAUGACUUACCCAGCAUGCACAAGGGCCUCUGCACUGAUGGAGUUGUUCUAGUCUGAGCUGAUGAAUGAGAUGCCCUUACAGCUCCUGUUUCAGUUUCUACUCCCAUCCCCUGAGAGUUAUAGAGAAGCGGUCCCAUCCACCCGGCCUCUGCCGCCACAUAUCCCUUGCCCGUUCCAGCCAUUUGCUUCUCAGGGGUGAAUAUUGUUUUCCCUCCCUUUACAACGCUCUAGCCGCUUUUCUUUUAUCUCUCCACACUUCUGUCACCAUAGCCAGUAUCUUGGUGGCUUUGGCUUCUGGUUCCUCCAGCAGUUCUGUCCUCACCUCUCCCUUAUCUUCAUCCCCUCUGAAAAGCUGCCAUUUGUAGCUGACUACAGGUUGGUUCUGUGGCCUUUUCCGUCCUUCCUGGUACAUCCUGCUUCUCCCUCAACUGACUCCAAAGGAGGACUGGAAGAGAAGUCUCGAAUGCUUCUAGAAAAUUCUCUAGUAGGCCUAGACUUUUAACUUCUUCCUAGUCCCUCCUGUCAUCCAAACAACUCCUACUCAGGCGGGCUUGACCUGCUCUGAAUAUCCACUUUGUUUUUUAACUAAUGACUCCCUUCCCCCACUGGCCUUCCCAGAAUAUCUUUCAAGUUCUCCUUCCCAGGGAGCUCUGGGGGAGGGGCCGCUGUCUUGGCUCUAUCCCCAGUGGCCACCUUGGAAACGUCAGCUGGCUGGGGGGGACUCCCUGAGCCCAGAUCUACCCACCCCCAUCCUCUCUCUGGCUACUCCUUGCAAGUUGCUAACGGGUCACUAAGGUCUUCCCUUUCUGCAUGCCAGCCCGAAAACUUCAGACACCCUCCUCCAGCUCAGCUCUGAAUUUCUUGGCUCCGCCUCCUUCAAACUCUUUCGCCUUUAAAAAACAAACAAACAAACAAAAACAAACAACCCCUAGAAUGCCCCUAGAAUGUUAAGAAAGAGCCGCCUGUACCAAGUUCUCUCCCACCAUAGCUGCAUUUUCCUCUGGUCUCUCUGCUUCUCUUUACCCUUCCUAACCUCCCUCCUCUUCACUGCAGCCCCAUCCUGUCCUCAAGUGGAUUCUUCCCUCUUUCCUCCCACUGGAUCUGUAUCUCUUCCCUUUGGGUAUCCAGCUCUUCCUGCCCGUUCAUCUUCCCGGUGGUCUCCUGAAGUUAUUUAAUGCCUGUGUCAGAACUACUGUAAGAGGAUAAAGUACAAUAAAAUGGGAGCGAUUAUAUAUAUAUAUAUAUAUAAAUGUAUAUCAAACACAGA